AUGGUUGUCCAAGUCGGUAUCAACGGUUUCGGUCGUAUUGGCCGCAUUGUCCUCCGCAAUGCUCUCAACGACUCCAACGUCCAGGUUGUCGCCGUCAACGACCCCUUCAUUGAGAUCAAGUACGCUGCCUACAUGCUGAAGUACGACUCCACCCACGGCCAGUUCAAGGGUGACAUCAAGGUUGAAGGCGACGGUCUCCUUGUCAACGGCAAGAAGAUUACCUUCUUCGCUGAGCGUGACCCCUCUGCCAUCCCCUGGGGCAAGGCCGGUGCCGAUUACAUUGUUGAGUCCACCGGUGUCUUCACCACCGAGGAGAAGGCUAGUGCUCACUUGAAGGGUGGUGCCAAGAAGGUCAUCAUCUCCGCUCCUUCCGCCGAUGCCCCCAUGUUCGUUAUGGGUGUCAACAACAAGUCUUACACCAAGGACAUCAACGUUCUCUCCAACGCCUCUUGCACCACCAACUGCCUUGCUCCCCUCGCCAAGGUCAUCAACGAUAAGUUCACUAUUGUUGAGGGUCUCAUGACCACCGUCCACUCCUACACCGCCACCCAGAAGACCGUUGACGCUCCUUCCUCUAAGGACUGGCGUGGUGGCCGUACUGCGGCCCAGAACAUCAUUCCCUCCUCCACCGGUGCCGCCAAGGCUGUCGGCAAGGUUAUCCCCGAGCUUAACGGCAAGCUCACCGGUAUGUCCAUGCGUGUGCCCACCGCCAACGUCUCCGUUGUCGACCUUACUUGCCGCAUCGAGAAGGGAGCCUCCUACGAGGAGAUCAAGGCUGUCGUCAAGGCUGCCUCCGAGGGCGAGCUCAAGGGAAUUCUCGGCUACACUGAGGACGAGAUCGUCUCCACCGAUCUUAACGGUGACGACCACUCCUCCAUCUUCGAUGCCAAGGCUGGUAUCGCCCUUAACGCCAACUUCAUCAAGCUUGUCUCCUGGUACGACAACGAGUGGGGUUACUCCCACCGUGUUGUUGACCUCAUCUCCUACAUUGCUGGCGUUGAUAGCCAGUAG